CGCAGAAUCGUGUGUUUGGUUUCUGGCUAUACAGUCUAUGGUUUCUUGCCGCUGUUUCAAUGCGGCAAAUAGACAGAAGCUUGUUUUCCAGUAUAACCACAUUCCUGUUGUGUUUCUAAGAUGCCUGCUGAAAGUCUAAGGUGGGAUACGCUGGAUGCCUUGAAAAAUUCUCCGAAAGGGAAAAUAAUAUACAAAACAUAUUGGGAACAAGAUGGGGAGGAUAUUCUGUCCGAGUGCAAUGCUCCACCAAGCCUGUCGCCUCUUGCUGGGGUAUUCCUGAAAGGGCUGAGCGCCCGGCCCCUGCAGAAGACCUGCUCCCUCGGCUCGCCCUCCCGCGACUCCAGCCCAGGCCAAUCUGAGGAUGUCCUUGUGCCCAGCUCCGCGCCAACUAGCCCCCGCCUCCUCGCCCCAGCUCCCCAGUCUCCCCUCAUCUCCCCACCUCCACCCUCUAGUACAGAGGUUGAGGAAGAAGAGCAGAACACACAGGAUCAGGAGAUGGAUCGUGAACCCAGCCCAGAACUGAAUUCCGCCCCCAGCCCAACUCCACCCCCCACCAUCUCCCUGCUGUCACCCCGAGCAACUCAGAUGGCAGGCUGCAUCCGUGUCUGUGAGGAGAAGCAUCGUGCUAAAGCCAAGGCAGAGUUGAGUGCCAGGCAGGAGCAGCAGGAGCGGCUGGUGGAAGCUGUGGCCAGCCGUGAGUCUGAGCAGCUGAAGCGCUUUGAGGAGUACAUGGAGUUAAAGCAGAGACAAGACUACCAGAGCGUGCGGGACAUGAUGGACAAAGAGACACAGGAGAGUCUUGGGCGCCAAGAAAAGCUGAAGGAGGAGCAUAGACACAGGAUGAAGAUCCAGAACUUGCGGUUGCGAGAGGCGGAGCAGCAGCGCCUGCGGGAGGCGGAGCUUGAGAGGCAACGGCAGGUGGAAGGCCGGGAGAGGCUGCGCGCCCUCAACGCCAUCCAGGAAGAGGUGCUGCAGCUCAACCAGCAGCUGGAGCCCUCCGCUCUAUCUCAGGCCACGCCCACCCAUGACCUGGCCUCCUACAGCAUGCGCGGCAACCAGCUCUGCUCGCAGGUUUCAGAAGUUGUUCGCACUACGGCUGAGGGACGGUUCCCCAGUAUGGAGGACAUGGCUGUGGCAGACCGUGCCUUGCAGGACAUGAGGGCACUAGUGAGGGCCAUGCAGCUGGAGGCCGCCCAGGCCCAGGAGAAGAGGAGGAAGGAGGAGGAAGAGGAGAAAGAGCGCAGGAAGCAGGCAGAACUGCAGGCUCAGCUGGAGGAGCAGAAAAAAAGCGCUGCGCUCUCAGCCAAGGAGAAAGCGAGGAAAAAGGGGCUGCAGACAAAAGCAGAAGAAAGCACUCUCAAAUGGUACCAGGAGUUGCAAGGCUCUGCCAACCAGUGUGCCCUGUCAUUUGACGACCUCAACAACACCAAAGAUCAGCAGAGUAAAAGGCUAAAGAUGGAGCUUCAGAAGGCGGCCUCAAUCCCCAUUAGCCAGAUCUCCAGGACCUCAGGAUCCAAGUUGAGGGAAAUCUUUGACAAGAUUGACAAGCUGUUAUCUGGACGUUCAGUGCAGUCAGGGGGCAAGUCGAUCUCCGCCUCCCAGCAUCCUCACGGCCUGUCCUUUGUCAGCUACAAGCUGGCAGAGAAGUUUGUGAAACAAGGUGAAGAGGAGGUUGCCUCUCAUCAUGAGGCGGCUUUCCCAAUUGCUGUGGUGGCUUCGGGGGUGUGGGACCUUCACCCUAAGGUGGGGGACCUCAUCCUGGCCCACUUGCACAAGAAGUGCCCUUACUCUGUGCCCUAUUACCCACCCAUGAAGGAUGGUACAUCAGUGGAGGACUAUCAGAGGAUCCUGGGAUACCGAGUGGAUGAUUCAGGAGUGGAAGCUCAAGACAGCUUCCUUAAAAGAAUGUCAGGCAUGAUUCGACUCUAUGCAGCCAUCAUACAGCUGAGAUGGCCCUACAACAAACAGGGGCCUGCCCCUCAUGGCUUGAACAACGGCUGGCGCUGGCUGGCCCAGAUGUUGAACAUGGAGCCCCUGGCUGAUGUCACAGCCACCCUUCUUUUUGACUUUUUAGAGGUGUGUGGUCAUGCCCUGAUGAAGCAAUACCAAGGACAAUUCUGGAAACUCAUCCUUCUCAUUAAGGAGGAGUACUUUCCCAGAAUCGAGGCGGUGACCAGCACAGGCCAGAUGGGCUCUGUGAUGAGGCUGAAGCAGUUCCUGGAGAGUUCUCUGAGGCGCAAAGAGAUUCCUCCCCCGAAAGGUCAGCUCAGCUCCUCGUUCUGGAGGACUUGAAUUGGUGAGGGAGGGAGGGGCAGGAAACGCCCAUAACUGAGAACAUCUGGCCAACACAGCCGGAGGAAUGAUGGUCUUCAUCCUGGUGACGCACCGUCUCCCAAGAGAACCUGUGACAGUGUACUUAGUUCCGUCCAGAUAUGACUGUGGCAGAAAUGAAUCUGCAGUGCAUCUGUGAAAUGUGUGUUUAUGAUUUCUUCAUGCAGUUUUUUAAUUUUGCAUACACUCAUCAUGGAUGUGACAUGUAGAAAGCCUAGCUCAUGGGAUUACUUUGUUUUGGGCACGGUCAUGGCUGUUAUGCAUAGAGAAUGAACUGAGGGUUUUAGAUUGCACUUGGUUUUUUUCUUCUCAGAAGAGCUUUGGUAAAAUUACACUUACAUUAUUAGAGAGUUUGGUUGUGAGUUCGAUGAAUUACACGAAACGAAUCUGAAGAUGAACAUAUGUCUUAACCUCAAAUUUUAAUUCUUGACAUAACUUGAAGUAUAUACAGUGCAAGUUUACUUUGGAAUAUUAUAUUAUUAGAUGUAUUUGGAAGUAGACCAUUGCCUGUUAGACCUUUUAAUGAAUACAUACCAUUCAGUCAGUUUGCAAAAUGUCCUUGAAUUCUGUUUUCUCUGUUAUUUAAAAUUUUAAUUUUUUAUUCAAUUAUUCUCAUAAACCAUGGUAUCCUCUCUACUAAAGCCAUACUGUGCAACAGAUUAAUAUGUCAUAUCAAGUACACUAAUGUGAUAUAAAGCUGUACAUUAGUUGUAAGCAAUUCAUGAUGUUGUGUAAUAUAAUUGUCCAAAGAAUAAUUUACUUGAAAGCCUUGUAUAUAGAUGCAAACGUUUUAUACCUACUGUGAGAAUUAAAUAUGCAAACCAAAAGCA